AUGCCCAAGCGACUUCCUAGUAGCAAGGCCGGUCACGAAGAGCCAAGCGAUAGCCAAGAAACAUUCCAGUCGAACGAUGCUGGCGAUUUUGGAGCGUUCCCGAGUCGUAUUUUCCUGAUGAACCGGUAUUACCGUUAUACCCUCUUCGGUUCUGCCGUCCUGGUACCCAACUCAGCUGUCCCGUCUAUCACGUACACAGAGAACUUCAAACCCACCAGCCUCUCCUCCUCCAUCCUCCGAACUCCUCUCAGAAUCGACUACAACCGCUCUCUACAUGAUACAACCCAAUGCGCAACAUACACCGAAGUCGUCGUCGCCAAUGGUCGAAACCACUACGUUAUCGGGACUCAAAUAUGGUUGAAGGAGGACGGAUCUAACAUCGACAAAAUCGAGUCGAUUGUUACCUCGAACGGGGACUGGGCGUUUAACGCGACUGGGACACUCUACUACGCCUCCCGCAAGAACUGGUUCACCAUCCCAGAGGCGGAGAGGGAUACGAGGGAGGUCAUCCAAGCAGGAGGGGACGCCUACCUGGAUCUCUUCAACGAUCCUACUGUGAAGGUUCCGUGGGGCACGCCAUGCGCCCGACUUGAAGGUGGUUUCUACACUGGAAGAGGAUUGCCCACCGACUCCUGCAAUAUGGGAGUUCCGGCGGGAGUUCCUUUGGUGAAUAGGCGAUAUGUGAUUGACGAAACGCUCGGUGCGGUGGAUGUGUUUUUGGACUUCAACGGCCCGGGAGGGAGGCCUGAUAGUCAUGAGUUUAGGUUGGAGAAGGGGAAGUUGAGGUUCGUUCAUACCAUGACGUAUAUGAGGGGGUAG